CUCCGGCCUCCUGCUCUCACUUCCUUCUGAAGCCCGGAGCUGCUGCCGCCGCCCCCAGCUCCCCCGUCGUGGGGAGGGCACCAGGUAACUGCAUCCAGAGGGAUCCAGAAGAGGGAGGAGGCAUUGCCUCCACUGCAGCAACUGCACCCAGGAUGCAGAGCAUCAAGUGUGUGGUGGUGGGUGAUGGAGCCGUGGGCAAGACGUGCCUGCUCAUAUGCUACACAACUAAUGCCUUUCCCAAGGAGUACAUCCCCACGGUGUUCGAUAAUUACAGUGCCCAGAGUGCAGUUGAUGGGCGCACAGUGAACCUGAACCUGUGGGACACAGCGGGCCAGGAGGAGUAUGACCGCCUCCGCACACUCUCCUACCCUCAGACCAACGUCUUUGUCAUCUGUUUCUCCAUUGCCAGCCCGCCCUCCUACGAGAAUGUGCGACACAAGUGGCAUCCAGAGGUGUGCCACCACUGCCCUGACGUGCCCAUCCUCUUGGUGGGCACCAAGAAGGACCUGAGGGCCCAACCUGAUACCUUACGACGCCUCAAGGAGCAGGGCCAGGCACCCAUCACCCCACAGCAGGGCCAGGCACUGGCCAAGCAGAUCCACGCUGUGCGCUACCUCGAGUGUUCUGCCCUGCAGCAGGAUGGCGUCAAGGAGGUGUUUGCUGAGGCUGUCCGGGCUGUGCUCAACCCCACACCAGUCAAGCGUGGGCGGUCCUGCAUCCUCUUGUGACCCUGGCGCUCAGCUUGGAGGCUGCCCCGUCCCCCUACCAGUUGUGCCUUGGUGCCUUGUCUGCCCCAGCUGUGCCUUAAGGACUAAUUCUGGCUCUCCUUGCCAGUGUGCUCCCUGAAGCCCAUGUCCUCUGAAUGUCUUUCCUCUUUAAGAAAGCCUGCAGGGAAAGGGACUUUGGGCCCUGCCCCACCGCACUUGGGUACAUCAGGUAUUCUCAUGAGCUCACCAGGCCAAGGUUGGGUCGCUUUCCAAGAGGCCAGCCUCAUGCCCUCUCCCCAUCUUCCCUACUGACCAUGUCAUCCAGCUUUUCCACACAGGUGUUGCUGCCUAUUGUGGUGCCUCAGGUUAGGGUCUCAGCCAUCCCUACCUAACAUCUGCCUUCGCUCUUGGAAUUGCCCCCUCCCUGAGAUGUUCUCUCACAUCCCUAUGGAAAGAGCCACAGAAUGUUGAGAUGUGCCCUAACCUGCCCUCAUGUGCCUUGGCCUUUUGCAACCGCUGACUGACUCAGCUCUUGGGGCCUUUUCCACUCCUCACAGCAUCAAUAAAACCUCCUGUCUCCAGUG